UGGCACGCUUGCGCGGCGAGUAGAACGUGUGGCGGCGGCGGCGGAGAACGCGUCUCUUCUUUCGCUUCCAGUCCGGCUGCUGCUCUUGUGAGCGCCCGGCGAGUCCGUGCCGUCCAUUGCCCGAAACCCGUCGCUUGCCAGCUCUCUGCCGUGGCGGCCUCCCACCAACACCGCCACCCACAUUGACACCUCCGAGCCGGCCCACUGCCUUACUUGCUGCCGUUCCAUCUCUACACAUGGCCUCCUCCGCGCAGAGCGGCGGCACCUCCGGGGGACCCGCGGUCCCCACCGUGCAGCGGGGCAUCGUCAAGAUGGUCCUCUCAGGCUGUGCCAUCAUUGUCAGAGGGCAGCCUCGUGGUGGGCCUCCCCCCGAGAGGCAGAUCAACCUUAGCAACAUCCGAGCUGGAAAUCUUGCCCGCCGGGCAGCUGCAACUCAACCUGAUGCAAAAGAUACCCCGGAUGAGCCCUGGGCAUUUCCUGCCCGAGAGUUCCUUCGGAAGAAGCUGAUUGGGAAGGAAGUCUGUUUCACGAUAGAAAACAAGACUCCUCAGGGGCGAGAGUAUGGCAUGAUCUACCUUGGAAAAGAUACCAAUGGGGAAAACAUCGCAGAGUCUCUGGUUGCAGAGGGCUUGGCCACCCGGAGAGAAGGCAUGAGAGCUAAUAAUCCUGAGCAGAACCGGCUCUCAGAAUGUGAGGAACAAGCGAAGGCAGCUAAGAAGGGAACGUGGAGUGAGGGAAACGGUUCACAUACUAUCCGGGACCUCAAGUACACCAUUGAGAACCCAAGGCACUUUGUGGACUCACACCAUCAGAAACCUGUCAAUGCUAUCAUCGAGCAUGUGCGGGACGGCAGUGUGGUCAGGGCCCUGCUCCUUCCAGAUUACUACCUGGUUACGGUCAUGCUGUCAGGGAUCAAGUGCCCAACUUUUCGGCGGGAAGCAGAUGGCAGUGAAACACCAGAGCCUUUUGCUGCAGAAGCCAAAUUUUUCACUGAGUCUCGACUGCUUCAGAGAGAUGUUCAGAUCAUUCUGGAGAGCUGCCACAACCAGAACAUUCUGGGCACCAUCCUUCAUCCAAAUGGCAACAUCACAGAGCUCCUCCUGAAGGAAGGUUUUGCUCGCUGUGUGGAUUGGUCGAUUGCAGUUUAUACUCGGGGUGCAGAAAAGCUGAGGGCAGCUGAGAGGUUUGCCAAGGAACGCAGGCUGAGAAUAUGGAGAGACUAUGUGGCUCCCACUGCUAAUUUGGACCAGAAGGACAAGCAGUUUGUUGCCAAGGUGAUGCAGGUGCUGAAUGCAGAUGCCAUUGUCGUGAAACUGAACUCUGGUGACUACAAGACCAUCCACCUGUCCAGUAUCCGACCACCGAGGCUGGAAGGGGAGAACACGCAGGAUAAGAACAAGAAACUACGUCCCCUAUAUGACAUUCCCUACAUGUUUGAAGCCCGGGAAUUUCUUCGAAAGAAGCUUAUUGGGAAAAAGGUAAAUGAGACAGAAACAUGCCAGUCAG